AUGGAUCCGGCCGGCGUCAACGGCGGCGUGUGGAUCCGCGCGGCGGUGGCCGUCGCGGCGGGCGGCGCGAUCGCGGCGCGCGCCGUCCGGCGCAAGUCCGUCGACUUCACCGCCGUCUUCGCCGGCGUCCCGGCCAUGGUGGCGCACACCGUCGCCGGCUACAGGUUUGCGGGGCUGCUGCUGGUCUUCUUCUUCACGGCGUCGAGGGUGACGAGGAUCGGCGAGGCCAGGAAGCGUGCGCUCGAUCCUGAGUUCAAGGAGGGGGGCCAGCGCAACUGCCGCACCACUCUUAUUGGCAGGAAGCAAGUCUUGUCAAACAGUGGUAUCGCAAGUAUCUUGGUAGUCCUGAUAGCACUAAUUACUGGAGGUGAAGACAAAUGCUUGGAUUCAAAAGAGUCGGGUCUUAUAACUGCGCUUAUUGGUGGUGUUAUUGGACAUUACUCUUGCUGCAAUGGUGAUACAUGGUCUUCUGAGCUUGGCAUACUUAGCAAAUCUGAACCACGAAUUAUCACAACAUUCAAGAGGGUGCGGAAGGGGACCAAUGGUGGGGUAACCAUCGAUGGACUUCUUGCAGCAGCAGCAGCUGGAUGCUCGAUUGGGCUUGCAUUUGUGCUAAUAGGAUUCUUAACAACUCAGUGUGCUUCUGAUGUAUUUUGGAGGCAACUGCUAGUUAUACCCUUAGCUACAGCUGCUGGCCUAUGUGGAAGCCUGAUCGAUUCAUUACUGGGCGCAACCGUUCAGUACAGCGGGUACUGCAGCGUUCGCAAGAAGGUGGUUGGAGUAGAUGGUCCAACAGUAAGGAGGAUUUCUGGAAUGAACAUACUGGACAACAACGGCGUCAAUGUAGUGUCUAUCUUCUUGACAAGUCUGCUUACUGCCUUGGUGUGCACAUGCAUUUUCUGA